AUGGCGGAACAGACGGAAGUUGUUAUUUGUGGAGGAGGGCCUACCGGUGCAAUGCUCUCCGCACUAUUGGGGCUAUUUCGAGUUCCAAACAUCGUGUUGGAGCGCGAAGAAGGCAUUACGACCGAUCCACGCGGCAUCGCGCUUGAUGAGGAUGGAAUCAGAACAUUACAAGCCAUUGGCGUCUACGACAAAGUCUUUACUGAGAUAGGUUCAACUAUGACAAGAUUCAACUUCGUCAGUGGAUCACACAACGACUUCUACAAACAACCAUUCUUAUCUGUCAACAAUAGCACCAGCGAGGGUGGCACUGGCCAUCCCGCUUUCGUGUGCCACAAACAGCCCGCGCUUGAAAAAGCAAUUCGAGAUACAAUCGCAGAGAACCCGUACUCUCAUUUGAGAUCAAGAUGUCUCGUUACUGGUAUCAGUGAAGAUGAGGACAGAGUCACAAUACAAUACGUUGAUUCUGCGGGCCAGUCGAAGACCAUUCAGAGCAAAUUCCUGGUCGGCGCAGAUGGGAAGACGGGAUAUGUGCGCAAGAAGUAUCUAGAGCCACGUGGCAUUACGAUGGAUAAAUGCGAAGGGCAAGAGACAUGGGUCGCACUGAACUGGAAAAUCACGCUGCCCACCGAGAAAACUCAUCCCGAGUUCCCUCUCUGGGCGUUGGGAUACACACCACUUCAGGUUUACGACCUGUUCUUUCCAUCCGAAUUCCGAUUCCUGUGCAAGCCAACCCGUCCCGCCGUCUGCGGGCGAUUUGGACUACCGGAAGACCGACUAUGGAGGUUUGAAUUCGUCGUCCGUGCUGGGGAAGAUGCCAUGACUAUGGCAACACCAACAGAGACCGAGAAAAUUAUCUUCCCUUAUCUCACUCAUCCUGCACAUCGAUACGGUCUCCGACAGGACGUGAGGUUCCCGAAAGACUGUAUCGAGGUCCUCAGGUCUCGGCCAUUCUCAUUCCAAGCGAGAAGUUGUAACAGAUGGGCAGCUGGUCGAGUAAUUCUUGCAGGAGAUGCCGCACACGUUUUCCCGCCAUUUGGAGGACAGGGAAUUACUUCUGGAUUUCGAGAUGUGCUGGGUUUGGCGUGGCGACUUACUUUACUGCAUCGAGAACCCACUGCUAACCAUGUUGAAGUGAUCAGAGCAUGGUACUUGGAAAGAAAGCAGCAGCUCGAGCGAUCGCUUGCUGCUACUAUUCAAAACGGAGAAUAUGUCACACAGAGCAACAUACUGAAGGCAUUCGUUCGAGACUGGUCCCUAUGGCUUAUGCAGAUGAUACCGAGCUGGCGAAGAAUGCUGGAAAAAGGCCCAAGAGCUGCAGGCAUGGUUCGUUACAAACACCAGGCAGGCUUUCCCUUCAUACCAGAUGGCCCCGGGGGUAUGUUGCUACCCCAAGUCUACGCCUGGAAUCCGAUCUCGGAAAGUGUCUACUUUAGCGACGACUUGAUAUUCGCCUCCAAGAAGCAGGGACUAUUUCAGCUGUUGUUGCUACCCACAUCGGUCACUGAAGCGAGAGAACUCUUGAGGGAAGUUCGAAAGCUGCCUAAGAACAACUUCCUGCUGCCAGAAGAGACCACAGGUAUAGUCCAAGCUCAUAAUGUCAACGCCGCAGAGCUACAGCAACUAAAUGGGGGUGGCGCGCUCAUCGCUCGAGUGGCUACAGCUGAAGAAUUUACUGCCAGCACCGACCUAUGUCGAGGCCGGCCUCCACCAAAGUAUUACGACCCCUACCGAAUCUCGAAAGAUAUUGGUGGAAUGAAGUUGGCUGUUAUCAGGCCUGAUAGGUUCAUAUAUGCGGCCUGCGAAACAGUCACAGAGCUGAGAACUGUUCUCGAUAGUCUGGCUGUGGCACUUUUGCCGUAG